UUGGUUUGUUGUCUUCCUGUUUCGAGAUGUGUGCCCCGGUAUGAAGUUGAUCGCAUGCUAUUGCACGGUCUAUGGACAGUAACGGUUUAUCUACAUUGUGUCAUGUCAUGAUUAUGCCCGCGGUAAAUCACGGAUAGCUACAUCGACAUGGUGUUACAUUGUUACUAAAAUAACCGGACUUGCGUGGGUUGGUGCUACAGUUCAAAGGCAACCAACUCACGAGGUAACGUUACUGUACAGUAGUGCAACAACUUGAAAUGACUGUCUGACAUUCGCUCACAUAUUGAGUGACAGGAUGCUGAGAGCCCUUUUAACAGCUGUCCGCGGUCCUGCGGUCUGCGUGGGUCGGUGUUUCAGCAGUGAAGUGAGUGGUGCAGUUUCCACGUUAGCCGGGUUCUCCUCUCCACCGUUCUCAACGGAGGCUUCACUCUAUGUUCACUGGCCUUACUGUCUGAAGAGAUGCUCCUACUGUAACUUCAACAAGUACAUUCCUCGCUCUGACAACCAGGAUGUCAUGUUGGAGUGUCUCCAGCGGGAGACGGAGACCUUACUAAAGCUCAGCCAGGUGUCCCGGAUCACCUCUGUGUUUUUUGGAGGCGGGACUCCCAGCCUGGCCCGCCCCUCCACUAUCGCUGCGGUCCUAGAGACGGUUGCCAGGCAUGCUGGACUAUCAGAGGAGGCGGAGGUCACUCUGGAGGUCAACCCCACCCCCGUAGGAAGCUCUAAGUUGGAGGACUUCCUCCAUGCUGGCGUCAACCGUUUUUCCAUUGGGGUGCAGGCGGUCACUGAUCACUAG